GGUUUUGCAACCCCGGGAACCGGCGGCGUCGAUCGGCCCUUUAAGGCCUUACUCCGAAGCUCCGCCUUCGCUUGGGUCUUUCUGGAAAGACAGCUUUGCUCUGUACCGAGCGGGACAGCGUCCCGGGCUCCUGUGUGUCUCCCAUGGCGGAUACGACCCCGAACGGCCCCCAAGGGGCGGGCGCGGUGCAAUUCAUGAUGACCAAUAAGCUGGACACAGCAAUGUGGCUCUCUCGCCUGUUCACAGUUUAUUGCUCCGCUUUGUUCGUCCUGCCUCUUCUUGGGUUGCAUGAAGCAGCAAGCUUUUACCAGCGUGCUUUGCUGGCCAAUGCUCUGACCAGCGCUCUGAGGCUGCAUCAGAGAUUACCACACUUCCAGUUGAGCAGAGCGUUCCUGGCUCAGGCCUUGUUAGAGGACAGCUGCCACUACCUGCUGUAUUCACUCAUCUUCGUCAACUCCUACCCCGUUACAAUGAGUAUUUUUCCAGUCUUGUUAUUUUCUUUGCUUCAUGCUGCCACAUACACCAAGAAGGUCCUGGAUGCAAAGGGUUCAAAUAGUUUACCCCUGUUGAGAUCUGUCUUGGAUAAAUUAAGUACUAACCAACAAAAUAUUCUGAAAUUCAUCGCUUGUAAUGAAAUAUUCUUGAUGCCUGCUACAGUUUUUAUGCUCUUUAGUGGCCAAGGAAGUUUGCUCCAGCCUUUUAUAUAUUAUAGAUUUCUUACUCUUCGAUAUUCCUCUAGAAGAAAUCCAUAUUGUCGGAACUUGUUUAAUGAACUGAGGAUUGUUGUUGAACACAUUAUCAUGAAACCCUCCUGCCCACUGUUUGUGAGAAGACUGUGUCUCCAGAGCAUUGCCUUCAUUAGCAGACUGGCACCAACAGCUUGAAAUUUCCUAGCCAUGUGCAGCAGCAAUUCAGAUGCCUUUGAAAGGAUGUGAUUGAAGACAGCAUGUGAUUACACGUGUAUGUUCUGAAAUAAUGAAGAAUAUUCUGUAGAUUACAUGUUUACUCAGCAAAUGAUUCAGAGGGUUUAAUGGAAAGGGUUGUGGGUAAGGUACUUAAUGGGGAAUGGGCCUGGGGAGUAGUUGAGGGGAGUGAUGGGUAUUUCAGCCUGGUAACACAUAGAUGAGUUGGGGGGGAUUGAAUGUAUAAUGCAUCUGUGAUUGAGGCUGUAUAGUAGGUUCAGUUCUUUUAAUUGAGUUCCCAUCUAUUCCUCUAUAAAAGUCAUUCUGAUCCGAAUUACUUACUGUUGCAUGAUUGGAAGUACUUAAAAGACUACACUACAAUUUUAGUAUAGAAUAAUGUAAUGUGGCUUUUUUUUUUGUACCCAGUUCUAUCUGCAUGUAAUUUAGAUUUUUCAAAUACAUUCAUUAGUAACUUAUAACAUCAGUUUUCUUUUUGUUUAAGUUCCUAAUCUAUAGAAAGGUGAUAGUCUUGGGGUAGAUUUCCAGAAAAUACUACUUGAUAGCUUAGCCUUGACCAGCUACUUUUAUAUUUUUGUAAUAUUUAUCCACCGAGUUGGAGAAGCAACCUCCUAAUAUCCAGUUGAUUUUUAUGUGUGUGCCUAGCCUCCUCAUCACUAUGUAAUCUGACAGUUUUAAAGAUGCAACUUUAUAGAGCAAUAAAGUGACUAUCUUGUUAUGUAAACUGAU